AUGAGAACUCGACCUAGAGAAUCCCGUUCCGCAUCCCCUUCUCCCCCAUCCUCCCCCUCUACCCCCCGCUCCCCCCAACCCCCCCCUCCCAAACGCCGCCGCGCCAACGACAACACCCCCCUACCCAUACCCGUCCCAUCAUCCCGAUCACCCCCCCGCCGUACCCGCCGCGUCCGCCGCAUCAACGGCCUCCCCAGCUCCGAUCCCAACUCAGACCAGGGACAACAACACAAUGCCGAACCCCUCCUCAUGCUCGACGAAAACGGCCGCGCAGUAAUCCAGCCCACGCCGCCGAUCAAAUUGAUACGGGCGCGGGAGAGAGCGGCUGCGGAGGCGCAGGCGAGGGAACGGGAAAGGGAGAGGGAGAAGGUUAGGAAGAGACGGGAGAGGGAACGAAUUAGGAGGGAGGAGAGGGAACGGGAGAGGGAGGAGAGGAGGAGGAAUAGGGGGAAGGGGAAGAAGAAGAGGGUUAGUUGGGCUGGGGAGGGUGAUGGUGAUGGGAGUGGGAGUGGGAGUGGGAGUGGGAGUGGGAGUGGGAGUGAGAAUAAUACCUCCAGUAAUACCGGGUCCGGUAACAAUACCAGUUACAGUACCGGGUUCGGGAGCGGAAAUACCAGCUCCGGUAAUAAACAUACCAACUCCGGUAAUGCGGGCCACAAUACACACGACCACCAAGACGACGAGAAUGACCACGUCCACCCCCCCAUCCUCAUCGACCAGACCCCGCCGGCCCCGCGGCCCUUCCCCCCAUUUGAUGACGACCCCAAUGAGCCGGUGGCUGUGGUUAUUGGCAAUGACGGACACCCGGUCAAGUUGUUGGGGAUAAGCGACGACGACGGCGAGGGGGAGGAAGAGGGGGUAAAGAAGGAGGUGAAGAAGGAGGCGAGGGGGAAGUUAAAGAAGGGCGAGUGGAUCUGUGGCACCGCUCGUCGGAAUAACUUCAAUCCCAGCAAGGUGUAUUCCCUCAAGAAUAAGCAUGUGCCUAAGAAGGAGGAAGAGGAAGAGAAGGAGACGGAUGCCUGGGACUGUGGCAAUAGUGAUGAUUUGGUACUCGGGGCGGAUGGUAGCUGCGGCAGUCGUCCCGUGGGGGACCAGCAGAACGCAGACCCCAGCUACCCUAUCCCGUUGGACAACCCGGACAGCGGCUUCGACCCGGAUACUACUCCCUUGGAUGCGUAUCACACCCCGCCCGCUCCUGUGUGCCCGCAGUGCCGUACUUGGUGUAAUGGUGGGACUGUUUGGGGGUGUUUGAAGAAAGAGAAGGAUGAGAAGGGUGUGCCGGAUGGUGAUGACGACGACGAUGAUGAUAAUGGUGAGGAUGAUAACAACGACUCCAAAAAGGCAAAUCCCGACAUCCGAACACCGGCUCUCCCAUCAGGCUGGCCUGGCCGCUUCACUUCCCCAGGCCGCACUCCCUCUGAUCAUGGCGAUGAUGACAACAAUGACGACGACGAUGAUGACUCGAGAAGAGCAAACCCCGAUAUCCCAACCCCGACUCUCCCUAGAGGUUGGCCCGACCGGUUCACAACACCACCACCGCCACCACGACAGUCACAAUCCCAGCCAGGGCCUCCAAUCCCCCCAAUCCAGCCCCCUCUCCCGGUUUUACGCACUCAACCAGGCCCAUUGCCCAAGAGAGAGCCCCAAUCGCCAAUCCAGUUCCGGCCGAUCAACUGGAAUCAGAGCCAAGAUCGUCCCAUAAAGAAGGAGUUCAGCGACGACGACAGCGACAUCAGCGACGGAUUUGGAUACAGCCCACACCAACUCGGCGGCAGUGUUCCAGCACCGGCACGUCCCUCAUACAGCCCAGACCGAAAAAUAAAAAAGGAACCAACAAGCGAUGAUGAGGACGAUAAAGAAGAGUUGGUAGACCUGCUCGAGAACCAGUUUGAUGAUGAUACGUUAGCCGGUCCGAUCCCCGGCGGGCCGAGUCUUAUGCUUUCCCCCACGAUUCCAGAGCGCACACCCAAGCUUGAAGACACAUCGGAGCCUGAAGACACACUUGAGCCUGAGCCAUCUCAACGGCACGGUCUCACCAUGAAUGCCCUGCGCUAUCCCUCUCCGACAAGCAACCGCGCAAACCGCACAAACCAGAGUGAUCCGCCUCCUUAUCUACGACCGGGGACUCCUCCCAGACCUCGUCCGAACAACCCCCUCUCCCCACCAACCUUCAUCAUAACCCGCCCAACCCCAACCACCACCCCCUCACCCCAUCAUCAACAACAGCGCCAACACCACCAACAUCCCCCCUACGACCAAACCCAUCUCAACCCCCUCUACCACUACCCCUCCGUCCCCUACGACCUCGAUUCCCUCCCCGAAGACGACGAUCCCUCCUCCUCCUCUGACCUCUUCGACUCCAACUCCCCCUCAGACCUCACUUCCCCCCCCUACUCCCCCUCUCCCCCCUCUCCCGACUCCCCCCCAGCCUACCGCGAACAACCAGACCCCCCGCCGCCGUCCUACUACAGCCAAAGUGAACGCCAAGCCCAAACCGCCGCAAACCAACGGCGAAGGCAAAAUUCCUCUGUUGAGCUCUUGCCGAAUCAUCCUAUUUUGCUCAGCCCGUUCAGCCCAGGUAGUCUUGGAGGAAGUGGGACUGAUACUGACGAUGCGGGGGGUACGAAUAAUGAUAAUACGACGGAACAUUACCCGCUGUGGCCGACACAUCGGGGUUAUACACCACUGGAUGCUCCGGCUGAAGUUUAUACUGGUACGGGGAACGGGGUUGAGUCUGAGGAUGAGGGGGAUGGUGAUGAGGGGGUUGAUGCGGGAGGGCAUGGACACUACCCUAGUGAUCCAGACGAUGUAGAUAAUCCAGACCGGCCGAAUGGUUCUAAUCGUGCUGAGGGCCGUCGGAUGGUAGGCUAUGGGUUUGAUUACGAUGAUUUCGACACCGAAAACGAUUCGGCGAGUGAAGAAGGAGGAGAAGGGGAGCGUCCCACAGGGGUGUUUGUCCCGGAUCGGGAGGGGGAGUUUGAAGUGGAUGAUGCGUGGUUGGAUCGGGUGGAGGCGGAGGCGGGAGGGGUUUUGAGAGAGGGGUAUUGGGGGGAGGGGAGUGGAGGGGCGGAUGGGUAUGAGUAUGGGUAUGAGGAUGGGGGGGAUAGGUGA